GCCUGGGCAACUGUAAUCUAACGUAACUUCCGUUUAUUUAAAAAAAACCUACACACAAGAUUCACCGUCUUCCCAAUUGAAGGGUUAUUAACCGGGGGGCUGAAUGAAAGUUAAUAUCGUUGUUUGUUGUCAGUCACGCAACGGUUCGAUAAGUCAGGAGGUAGGUGAAGAAGAAGGGCUUUUGGAACAUGGAACUUGAGACAAUGGCAGAGUCGGUGCGCUCGAGCCGGUCGAACGGGACACCGAGCCGUCACGAGAAAAGUUUGGGGCUCCUCACCAUCAAGUUCGUCACUCUGCUCCAGGAGGCGAAGGACGGCGUGCUUGAUUUAAAACUGGCUGCAGAUAGCCUGGCUGUGAGACAGAAGAGGAGGAUAUAUGACAUCACCAACGUGCUGGAAGGCGUGGGGCUGAUUGAGAAGAAAACCAAGAAUAUCAUCCAAUGGAGGGGGGAGAACAUGGGCAGCCAGAGCGAGGAAGUGCUGGAGCAGGUGGAGAUACUGAAGGCUGAAAUCUCAGAGCUGGAGGCCCAGGAGAGACAGCUGGACGAGAGGAAGGCCUGGCUGGAGCAGAGCAUCAAACACCUCUGCCACGACCCAAUCACAUGCUCGCAUAAGUACGUGACCCAUGACGACAUCUGCAAUGCCUUCCACGGGGACACUCUCCUGGCGGUGGUGGCUCCCUCAGGGACCCAGCUGGAGGUGCCCCUUCCUGAGUUGGGCCCCAGCGGCCAGAAGAGGUACCAGGUGACCCUGCGCAGCCAGACGGCCCCCAUCCAGGUGCUGCUCAUCAACAGGGAGACGCCCUCCUCCCAGCCCGUGGUGUUCUCCGUUCCCCCGGGCGACGACGCCUCCACACUGCCCACCCCGCCCAACACCCCCGCCACCCUGCAGCGCUUCCCCCUGAACUCCUCCUCCUCCUGCUCCUCGUACGUCUCCUCCCACUACUCCUCCGGCUGCAGCCCGGACUCGCUGUUCGCCGGCCAACCCCACCACCACCACCACCACCAGAUGGCGCCGCAGGACGAUUCACUCAGCCCGUCGUCCACCCCUCCCGACGUACAGAUGGAGUUCCACGGCCAGCCGGUGACUCUGCUGAUGCAGCAGAUGGUGUCGGGGCAGCCCCUCAGCAGCCUAGUGGUCCAGGACUUCCACUCCAUGCUGGACGUCAGCUGCCUUCUGAGGCACAGCGGGACCGGAGAGCCCCAGAAGGAGGAGGAGAGGGAAGGUGUGGCUGACCUCAUUGACGAGCUGAUGUCCACUGAUGGAGUGGACUACAACUUCAACUUGGACGACAACGAAGGAGUGUGCGACCUCUUUGACGUUCAGAUCCUUAACUACUGACAGUGUCAGUCCGCUCUGUUUAUACAAGCUACAGUCACUGUACAAAACUGUUCUCUUUUCAUGAGCCACCCAUGGCUCAUUGAUUUUUGUUCGUUACUUUUUUUCCUCCAUUGUUGCACUGCCACUUCCCCUAAACUAAAGAUGAGCCAUCCUAUAAGUAGACUUACCCUUAAAUAGAAAUGAACCUACAAGAGGUUCUGUUUACUGAAACGGCCUGAGUCCCUCUGCCAAAAUAUGAAGAGAUGAACGAGGCGUGCGGCAACGUUGAGCCUGAAGUCACAACGACGGCAGCAAUCUUGUUACGGUUUGUUUUGUUUUGCUUUCUUAUUUUUUUUUACUAAACGGGGAACUUGAAAGGGUAAGUGAGGAUGCCAAAUUAGCAUCCAGCUUGUGGUUUACAGGGGCACAUCAGAAACCUUGAAGUAGCUACUAAGGUUGGCUCUUAGUUAACCAGUGGAAGCCCAUCACGACCCCUGCACUUGUAACAUAUAUUUUUUCAUUCCAUUGCCUUGCGGCGCAUGAUUCAGUGUCAGGCCUGUGACAGUGUUUUCAUUGUCUUGAUACCUUUUUACAGAAGUAAUGGGACUCACUUGUGGCUGUUCAGUAUUGAAAUGAAUGGUAUUUAUUUAACAAUAUGUUAUACAGGGUUAUGGUCUAAAGUACAGGGUAUCGUUGAUGACAUUCUUUUAGACAAACCUAUCCGUCAGAACUAGUUCUGAUCGGAUAGGUUAUUUUGUUGUAUUUAUCAAUGUUUCGGUUGUGUUUCUAUCCUUGAUAUAAUGUUGGAAUGCCAGAUCUAAUUAUACUGCUUUGCUUUGUAAUGCAACUUGCCAAUGAGGGCUUCCAAGUUUUUGUAUUAACUAUUCAUAGUUUGUAUUGAAUAUGUUCAAUAUUUGUUCGUAUUAAUUUAAGACUAAACUGAUUUUGGUUGUAGUUCGUCGAAGCCUAAAUGACUGCCUAAUUUAAAAUAAAUAAUAUGCCUAGUCUCUAUUAAUUUUGCGUCUGUUGUCAUAGGCCAGAUGCAAGUGCCUUGGUUGAUAUGAUUAGGGUUUUCUGUGUCAUCUCGUUGCUAUGUUCAGUUCAUGGUUUUUGUUUUUUCAAUAUGUAUAUGUACCCUGGGGUCAUUCUAUGCCAAUGUACAUUGAGCUAAAAUGGCUGAGCUACAGAAGUUGGACAAAUGAAAUACGAUUUCAAAUGUUUCCUUGUGUGAGGACACAUGCUAGAACAUGACCUGUUUACACAGAGCAAGAGACUUAAAAAAUGCCCCCUUGGAUCCAACCUACAAUUAAACAUGUUUCUGUUGGACUUUUAGUAUUUUUCACCGUCACAUGAAUGUGUAUUCCUUUUCAACUUACAAUAGUGUCAACUCAAUUAACAGGAUCGGGAUUCAGGAAAAUCUGGUUUAAAACUGGCACGAAACUCAAACUAAUGUGAGAAACAGAGUAAAAUCCCUGUCAAACAAAAGUCUGAGGUUGAAUCCAGUGCAGACUUCUCCAUUCUCUAAUUGGUUAGGCUACAUGAUUAAGUGCUUCACAUCAGAGCAGAUUCAGGCCGGCUGGGGAUAGUUUGAUUUAUUGGCCAGGGGACAGGGAUUCCUGUGGUAGAAUCCAAGCUAAGUUCAGUAGACCGUUUCAGAAUGUAAUCUCCUCCUUUCAUUGUGAUAAAAAGGUCAAGUCAGAGCGGUAUUGCAGAGUGAGUAACUUACCAAACCAGUAUUGACUUGGAUGGAGAUGACGUGGCCGCAUGAAAUGUAUUCAUUUGAAAGGGUUAAGAAUUACAAGAAGCAAGGUUGCUAAUAAUGAGUUAAUAUUGACAGUUUUAAGUGUAUAAACCUAUAAAUUACUUGGAAAGGCAAAUGACAAGGGCAGCUGGUAUGAUAGUGCCCUAUUAAGGGUCCUUACUGCCAAUAUUAGCCUGCUCCUUCAGCUCUUGCACUAUGACAUAGCGAUUACGUUGGCUUUUGUAAUGAAGACCUACUUGCAGAUAUAUAUUUAUAAUACAAAGCAAAACAAAUAAAGGUAACACUUCCUGCAGAGAAUUUCUAAAGUGAUGCACAAAUGCUUCUUGCUAAAUCUAUCGUGUUAUUUGCAAAUUGAUGUCAGGGUUAAACCACAUCCAGGCGUCCGCAUGUUGACAAAAUGUGUUUACUUGUUUUUACAUUUCGUUUGAAACCUCUCCAGUAUUGCAGCCCUCCCUGUUGUGAUUCCUUAAACAGGAAAACCUAACAGCACUGUUGUUUACACAACCAUAAGUUGUUAAUAACUUGCUAAAACAAAUGUCCGGAAUUGUCAAGUAUUUUGGCAUUACAACACCAGAUUGACAGAUGCAUCAGACAGAAGCGCUUCGGUUUGUAACUGACUAGAUCCAAUCUUUUCCCAGUAGGGGAUUGUUGUUGAAUACAAAGCACAAAACAAAAAAUAGUACACUCAUGUAAAAGCCUCGUGCCAGCACUUCAUACAGAGAACGUGUUUGUCUCUUGCGAUGCGCUGUGAGAAUGAAAGGACAUGUCCAUCCCUUGAUCCUCAGUUGUUUGCUGUCUCCUCCUCCUUCUCUCUCCGAGUCUUUUCCCCAUCUUCAUCAUGUGCUGCCUGAAGGAGGUGCCCACGAAGGCGUAGAGGAUGGGGUUGAGGCAGCAGUGGGUCAGGGCCAGGCUCUCCGUGAUCUGAGCCGCCUGGUCCAGAGCCUUGCUGGUCCCACAGUGGGUCACCACGUGAUACAUGGAGUCCACCGUCCUGUAGAUCUUCACCACAUUGUACGGCAGCUGUGUGAACACAAACACGCCCACCACGGUCAACAGCACCCGCAGCGCCUUCCACUUCCUGUCCCGACUCUCGACAGGAAGUCCCCGCAGCAACAGCGCCACCUUCCAGUAGGAAAACGCCAUGACGCAGAGCGGCAGCACGA